UUUUAAAUUCUAGAACGGUGGAGCUAUAUAAGGUGUCCAGGCCUUCAACUUCAAGCCCAUCCAACCCAACCCACAUCUCGCAUCAUUUUAAUAUGGUGAUGGUUCGGUAAAUCCAUCGUUGGGGUACACAGGAAGCGGCAAAACCAUCAACAUUCAACUGUAUGGGGGCAACGGAUUCAAGGUCAGAUUGUUGCACUUGUGUGGAAGAAUAUCCAAUAAGAUCCUGUCUUCUUCCUUCCCUACCCUUCCCCCUUUUCUCUCUCACCCGUCUUUGUUGUGGAAAACCCCGUCAAAUUCAGGACUGUGCUUGACAAUUAACGUUAAGAAAGGUCUUUGAUUCUGGAGGACAAUGUCAAAGUUUCUUCCUUUGUGCUUCCAUAAUUGUCGAGGAAGAAGAGAAAGCUAGUUUAAUUGGCUCAUUGGGGACCAGUACACACAACGCUGUUCUUCAAUUUACUGAUAUUGAUUGAAGCGGAAGUUAAAACUGUCCCCAGUUGUAAGUUUCGGUUUCAGGUAAAUUCUUCGUCGUGACGAGAUUUUGGCCUUCAGUUCAAUCGCUAUCACCAGCAGGAUUUUUCUAUUGAUAUUUCUGGAUAUAAUUGAACACGAAGGUGUAGUAACUAGUCAGGUGUCUAUCGGAGGUCAUGUUAUUGUGACCUGUACAUUUUGACCCUACUGAGUUCACCUAGCUGCAUUUGAAAUUUAGUUUAAGCUCAAAAUCCAUUGGGAGUUUCUUUCUACAAAAUCGAAGGCAUAUAAGAAUGUCUGGGGCUGGCCAGGCUAUGGACGUCGAUCGUGUGGGUUAUUCCAAUGUGGACCCGAAAGCGAAAUCCAAGGCUUUAGGGAAUUCCACCGUCGCCCAAGCUAGCGAUCAUGGCGGUGUAGGCGGUGGUCGUAACAAUUCCGUCAGAAAAAAGGGAUCGGUUUCGAUUGAUCAUGUCCUCCUUGCUUUACGUGAAACCAAAGACGAGAGAGAUCUUCGAAUUCGUAGCCUCUUCAAUUUUUUCGAUGCUGCCAAUAAGGGGUAUCUGGAUUAUGCUCAGAUUGAGGCUGGCCUGUCCGCCCUGCAGAUUCCGUCGGAGUAUAAGUACGCUAAGGAGCUCUUUAAGGUCUGCGAUGCCAACAGGGAUGGGAGAAUUGAUUACCAUGAAUUCCGACGAUACAUGGACGAUAAGGAAUUAGAACUUUACCGCAUCUUUCAAGCUAUUGAUGUCGAACAUAAUGGCUGCAUUCUUCCUGAAGAGCUUUGGGAUGCACUUGUUAAGGCUGGGAUCCAGAUGGAUGAUGAGGAACUUGCUCGCUUUGUGGAGCAUGUUGAUAAAGAUAAUAAUGGAAUUAUCACUUUUGAAGAAUGGAGAGAUUUUCUUCUACUCUAUCCUCAUGAAGCAACUAUUGAAAAUAUAUAUCACCAUUGGGAGAGGGUAUACCUCGUAGACAUUGGAGAACAGGCUGUCAUUCCAGAAGGUAUUAGCAAGCAUGUGAAUCAAAGUAAAUACUUCAUUGCAGGGGGAAUAGCAGGAGCUGCUUCUCGUACUGCAACUGCUCCUCUCGAUCGCCUGAAGGUUGUCUUACAAGUUCAGACCACAAAUGCUUCGGUUAUGCCAGCAAUAAAGAAGAUAUGGCAGCAGGAUGGUUUAUUGGGGUUUUUCCGGGGUAAUGGAUUAAAUGUUGUGAAGGUAGCACCGGAAAGUGCCAUCAAAUUUUAUACAUAUGAAAUGUUAAAAAACGUGAUCAGAGAUGCUCAAGGAGAUGCGAAUAUUGGCAUGAGUGGAAGGUUGUUUGCUGGUGGUAUGGCUGGGGCAGUUGCACAAACUGUUGUCUAUCCAAUGGAUCUCGUUAAAACUAGGUUACAGACUUGUGCUUCUGAAGGUGGAAGGGCUCCUAAGCUUGGGACUCUGACAAAGGACAUAUGGGUUCAAGAGGGGCCUCGAGCUUUUUACCGAGGGCUUGUUCCAUCUCUUCUUGGUAUAAUUCCUUACGCUGGCAUUGAUCUCACUGCAUAUGAGACCUUGAAAGACAUAUCUAAGAGAUAUAUUCUUCAAGAUAGUGAACCUGGUCCUUUUGUACAACUGGGAUGUGGAACAAUUUCUGGAGCUCUUGGAGCUACUUGUGUAUACCCUCUACAGGUUAUCCGUACCAGAUUGCAGGCACAACGGGCCAACACAUCUGCUGCUUACAAGGGAAUGUCUGAUGCAUUUUGGAGAACCUUUCAGAAUGAAGGGUUCAGAGGCUUCUAUAAAGGACUUCUUCCUAAUCUUCUCAAAGUUGUGCCAUCUGCAAGCAUCACUUACUUGGUCUAUGAAAACAUGAAGAAGAGACUUGAUCUGGAUUAGAGACGUUAUGGUUAUGGCCUGAGGCCACGCAGCUAAUUUCAAUAUCAGGCAGAUUUAGAAUCGUUAGUAAAUUUUACCAUAGAUAUCUUAAAAUCACAAUUUUGUAGCCAGAAAAUUUUGCCCCAUACUACCGGAGCUGGAAGUUGAGUGAGAAAUUAGGGUUAUAUCAUGCCUCGAUGUUUGAUAUGUGAUUGCCUCCUUUAUUUGGUUAUGCCAUUAAAAAGGAGGUGAAAAAGUCAGAUUAUGCUUCUCUCCUUACUUGUUAUUCAAAUGAAUAUAUUUACGAGUGAAAGAGAUUGAUAGAUGGCAUUCUCUGUCUUUUUCUUCUUUUUUCUUUUUUUCCCCCCUUUAUGGUGAAAUUCUGUCCUUUUCUUUGUUCAUGAUGAAGAACUCAAUUUUUUCUUUUGCACAAAUUACUUACACCCACCAUUACUAACCUGUACUUGUGCGUGUUGUUCAGCAAAUAAAUGAAUAUUGAGAUUGUUUCUAUGACAUUGCAGCACCUCUGUAUUUCUUCUCAUAGAAGUGAAAAACCUCAUAAUCAUGAUCCUUGUUCUCUACAAGGAGAGGACGUAAAAAGGUAUAAAAUUGAAAAGAUAAGCUUUUCCCAAAAGAACAGAAAAAUCUAAGCUGUAUGUGAACAGCCAACAGUAACACAGUUUAUUCAUGGCUUCCAACAAACCAGGUAGCUGAAGCUUACAAACCCUGAUCUCAAGCUACUCACCACACCUCAAGUUUCUGCAGCUUGGUCAUGUUAAUAGUACAAAGGUUUCUGAGUGAAACAUUCAGAAUGACUUAUCUAUUAUGAAGAGUGGGUGAAGAAACAGAGGGGAAAACUAAAUGAGCACCAUGGCCUUGGAGAUUCAACAAAGCAAACACUGAUUUUGCACGGAAACUGCAAAUACCGUCUGAUAUGACCAGUACAGAGAUGCAG